AUGUCCAUGCACAGUCUAAGACCACCAAAAAUCCUGAUCUACUCGAUUCCGAUGCAACACCCCGUCGUCCUCUUGUUCGAAAUGACGAGCCUUGUGAUCCUCUGGAUGUAUGUCCCUUCUACCUUGUUCCUUCGCAACUGGCUUAACGGUCCCAUGCAGUUCCCUGCUACAUCGCCCCUACCUCGCUCUCUUUCCGUGCAGGCCAUAACUCAGAGGCUUUCAGAUACAGAUUCCCCCGAAAACUCUCGAUCCACACCACCACCGCUAACCACUCAAUCCUCUGCUACAACCUCCUUCAGAUCUCGCCUACACCAGCUAUCAAUCUGGCGGCCUGUCGGUGCAGGUCAUACAUCACUGCCUGUUGUCAAUACUCCCCUCGCGCAGGCUAAAGAGCGCAACGCUGCGGCGGGUGCUCCCAAAAAGAAUAAAGACUACAUAGCCGACGAAGAAUAUGCUCCUUCUCGUCCUUCCUCACCCGAUCCCCAUUCACAGCAACCACCUGCAACAGCGCCAAUUACCACCGAAGAGCAUGGAAGCGGUAGAUUGAAAUACUACAUUCUGGGUGGGUCGGAGCGCUCUAACAUGGGAAUGUCAUGUCACUCGAUACAGCCCGCUGCGGCACUACACGAAUUGAUUCUGACACCGGUUAUCAACCAAACACUCAUUAUAAAUGAUGAGGAACAUAACGUCUAUGUUUCAUCCAUUUUCUACUUUCCGGACGGAUCUGCACUGAACAUUUCUCGGAGUAAGCAGCUAUGGCUACACGAUUCGGCAAACAGCAGGAAAUCUUGA